AUGUGCUCUGUGAUGUGGUUGCGGUUGUUGGUGAUGCUGGCUGCGUGCUGGGCGCAGGAGGGCGAGUGGAGCGAAGAUGCUGAAGACCUAGUGUCGACGGUGGAUGUGGACGCGGUGUUGGGUCGUACGGCGUCUCUCCCUUGUGACGUCACACCCGACACUAAUGAAGACAGGGUCUAUAUGGUGCUGUGGUUCCGAGCUGGAAAGGCCACUGGUGGAAAACCUAUAUACAGUUUCGACGUGCGGGGUCGGUCGUUCAAUAAGGCGCUGCAGUGGUCGGAUCCCCUGGCCUUCGGGCCACGAGCCUACUUCGCAACUGUAGCUCGCCCAGCCGCGCUCACGCUCGACACCGUCCAACUGGACGAUGAAGGCAUUUACCGAUGUCGUGUCGACUUCAAGAACUCACCGACACGAAACUUCCAAAUUCGACUCUCUGUUAUAGUACCGCCACAUCAGCUGAUACUAUAUGAUAAGUCCGGGAGGGACGUGUCCGGAGUCGUGGGACCUCUGGAAGAGGGCAACGAACUCGUCCUCGUCUGUGAGGUCAGAGGAGGUCGUCCAGCACCCACAGUGAUGUGGCUGAUAGACGGUACUCCAGCACCUCAAUACAUUGGUGAGAAGACUGACACGCAUGUGGUAGUGAACCGGUUAGAACUGCCCCAUGUGAGGCGGACCCAUCUGAACACCACCUUCAGGUGUCGCGCCUCUAACACAAACCUCGUCAGCCCGCAGGAGAAGACUGUUAGAUUAGAGAUGAACUUGCGGCCGACACUGGUGGAGAUUUUAAGUAAACCGGUAACGUUAUCGUCGGAACGGUACGUCACUCUGACGUGCGUGUCGGAGGGCAGCCGGCCGCCGGCGCAACUCACCUGGUACAAGGAUAACAGAAAAUUUAAAAGGGGAAAGAUAAUAGAAGCCAUGAACGAGACGUGGGUGAGCAGUCAGGUCCAGUUCAUGCCUCUGCCAGAAGACGACGGCGUUCAGCUCAAAUGUCAAGCUGACAACAACGCAUUGCCUGGACAGAGUCUCGAAGACUCGUUUAAGCUUGAUGUUGUCUAUCCUCCAGUAGUGUCAUUAUCAUUGGGCAGUACACUCAACCCUCACGACAUCAAAGAAGGUGAUGAUGUCUACUUCGAGUGCUCUGUUCGCGCCAACCCUAGAGAACAUAGGAUAUCGUGGUACCAUAAUGAUAAACCAGUACUUCACAACGUGGUAGCUGGUAUAAUCGUGAGCACCAAGUCGCUGGUGCUGCAGAAGGUGACUAGAGACCAUGGAGGUGACUACUCCUGCAGAGCAACCAACGCGCUCGGAGAGACUGCCAGCCAAUCCACGCAUCUUAGCAUACAAUAUGCUCCAGUAUGUGCACAUCCCUCACCACAAGUGCUGGGCGCACAGCUGGACGAGUCGUUGCGGGUACGCUGCUCUGUGACCGCCAACCCGCCAGACGUCAACUUCUUCUGGCAGUUCAAUAACAGCGGGGAGAGUCUUGACGUGUCGCCGUUGAAAUUUGGUACAGCUAACGGCAGCACGAGCGAAUUGAGCUACAAGCCGCAGAGUGAGCGAGACUAUGGCACGCUGAGCUGCCGUGGUACCAAUACCGUGGGCCGACAACUAGACCCCUGCGUCUUCCAGAUUGUCCCAGCAGCUCGUCCAACAGCUCCAAGAAAUUGUUCCUUGCAAACUGGUAACACGAGUGCGGAAGGCAGUUCGUGGUUGCGUGUGCGCUGCGUCGCUGGCUACGAUGGAGGCCUACCUCAGUACUUCAUGCUGGAAGCUUUGGACCCUGUCACAGGACGGACCAGGUUCAAUGGCAGUGUUAAUGAGACUGAUGGCCUUGCCGUAUUCAAGCUAGACUUGGCCCAGCUAACAUCUGCUGGUGAAGCUGCGGGAGCAACCUUCAACCUGCUCAUCUAUGCGAGGAACCUCAAAGGAGAGUCGGAGAAGACCUUACUUGAAAACAUCGCCUUCAAUGACGCGGCUCGGAGAACUGAUGGCAAAGGAGCAAUGAGUGGAGUAAGCGUCGGAGUGGCAGUGGCAGCUGCACUGGGGGCCACGUUGGCAGCUGGUGGUCUAGCCAUAGCUGCCUUAUGUGCUCGGCGACGAAGAGCCGCUCCACCUCACAAACACCCACCUGGAGACAUGCUGGAACUGAGUGACGGUGGAAGACGAUACGUGGUGGCAUACACCAUCAAACCCUCACCAGACUUGAAGACGCCAGACCCACAACCAGACAUACUGAAUGCUCCAGGUAAUAUGCUGAAUUCCGAAAAUCAACCUUCAGCUCCUAUAUUAGAUGAAACUGACGAAUGGCCUAGUAUAAAGGAAGUCAGAGGAGAUUGGAGUAAAGCCGGCGCGGUCUUCUCGGCAGAAGACCUCGCAUUGCUUGACUCUACUGGGAGACCACAACAGCUGACACCAAACAGCGACCUAGUCCCCAGUAGACAAGAAGACGUACUCAACCAGAACUUACAACAGUUAGGAAGUAACUUUAGGCCUAGCUACGUAGUCACUAACAGCCCUACGUUGGGCAGCCCUAACUUCGUGUGUCCUAAUGGGAACUUGAGUUCUCCGUUCGGUAGCCAGACUCUUAGUGGACCAACCCUAAGUUCAGGGAGUCUGGCUACCUCCACGCUACAUAGAAGCAAAGGGAAGGGGAAUGUUCGGAGAAGGGAACACGUGUUAGCAGAGAAUCUUCCCGGACCAGAGAGUUGUGUGUAA